CUUGGAAGAAACCCAAGCCAACGUAUACUAAAGUCUCGUUUCUGACAACGUUCUGUGUCCUAGAACCUUUGACCCAGUUUCGUUUCAGGAGCUUUACUUUCUCGCAACACUUAUUCGUUGUAUAAAACUUUAUCGUCGCAGGAGACAUUUCAAACCCACUACCGUACGAUACCACACUAUCAAGCCUAUCACCCCCAGAAUUCCGUCCCCCUAACCAAAAUAUUUUGAACUAAAUUUCGAAAAUGGCAGAAGCUGACUACAACCGCAAGCGGUCGCGUUCCCCCUCUGACUCUGAGGAGAAGAAGCAUCACAAGCGUGCUAACACAGGCGCUACGGCUCACGCGGAUGACUCACGAGCUGAUAAGCACCAGGGUUCUGGUUCAACAACCGCUACGUCUAUGACUCGCGAUGUGAACAUGACGGAAAUUUCCGCACCCGUCGCAGAUACUGCUGCCUCUACUCCUUCUCCCAAGGGAACCUCAUCUGAUAAUCGACGUGACGAGUCCCGCACUCGUUCUGACGAGGCCGGAAAAUCAUCCACUACGAUGUCUGCUCCACCUUCAUCGUCCUCAGCUGCCGCCCCUCCCUCAGCCAUGAUUCACAUGCGCUGCCUGAUCGUCACCCAGGACGCGUCAAUCAUCAUUGGGAAGGGUGGUUCGCAUGUCAACGAGAUCAGGGACAAGAGCGGAGCUCGUGUCAUGGUAUCUGAGAGCAUUCCCGGUAACCCUGAGAGAAUUCUCAAUGUUAGCGGGCCUCUCGAUGCAGUAUCCAAGGCUUUUGGUUUGAUUGUGCGGCGGAUCAAUGACGAACCCUUCGACGUACCUUCAGUUCCUGGAAGUCGUGCAGUGACUAUCAAGUUCAUGAUUCCAAACUCCCGUAUGGGGUCUGUGAUAGGGAAACAAGGCUCAAAAAUCAAGGAGAUCCAGGAUGCCAGCGGUGCACGACUGAAUGCAAGCGAGGGCAUGCUCCCUGGUUCGACUGAGCGAGUCCUGAGUGUUGCAGGAGUUGCUGAUGCUAUUCACAUAGCAACCUACUACAUCGGCAAUAUCCUCAUUGAAGCACAAGAACGCAUGCCUUCUUCGUCUUCGUCCAGCCACUCUAGUUACCGCCCUUCCAGUUACUCUCGGCGACCUCCGUAUACUGGCUCAUCAUAUGUGCCAGGGUAUGCGAACGCGUCGCAACCCUACGGUGCUCCACCUCCACCACCUAAUCCACCACAGCAGCUGCAAACCCAGCAAAUUUACAUUCCCAACGAUUUGGUGGGCUGCAUUAUUGGAAAGGGAGGUAGCAAAAUCAAUGAAAUCCGUCAUAUGAGCGCUAGCCAGAUCAAAAUCAUGGAACCAGGUGCCGGGUUGAACGGCGCUCCAGCGCCCGCAGGUAACGAAAACGAGCGCUUGGUUGUUAUAACUGGACAGCCUGCGAACAUUCAGAUGGCAGUACAACUGCUGUAUCACCGGUUGGAACAAGAGAAGCAAAAGCAGCUACGAACGUCCACUUCAUCUUCUUGAGCUCGCGCUGCGGCCCCUUGGACUUGAGCACUGUUACUUUGUUUUCGUUUGUCGACAAAUCUUCAAGCAUGCUUGUUGUGCUUUCUUUUCGUUUUUGUUCUGACUGUAAAAACAACAACGUUUUCACAACGCAGAUAUGUAUAUUAGUCGCCUUGCCUGUCUUUGGUCCUUGGUUAAGCAAUUCUUCUGCUUGCCGCUGGUAUUUGGUACGACAAGUAUUUAUGUAAUGUUUUUUUUCACCCUGUUGUCCCGCAUUUCUGGUGAUAAACAUACGGCGCGAUAGUAUUACGUAAACCAAGACGUCGAAAAAUCUUUGCUAUUUC